AUGCACCUCCCCACUCUGACAGCGGCCCUACUGGUCGCCCCGCUCUUGGCUGCAGCGGGCAUGUACAGCAAGCCCGUGAUCAACAUCGAUGCCAAAGACUUUAAAAAGGCCAUGAGCAAGGAACAUGCAGCAAUGGUUGCAUUCGUGGCUCCAUGGUGCGGGCACUGCAAGAACAUGGCGCCUGAGUUCUCUGCCGCUGCAUCCUCCCUCGACCCCUUCAUUCCGUUCUACGCAGUCGAUUGCGACGCGUCCCAGAACAAGGCACUGUGCGCCGAGUAUGGCAUCCAGGGAUUCCCGACAAUCAAGGCCUUUCCCAAGGCCGGCAAAGGCGCCGCGCGCGACUACAAUGGCGAGCGCAAGAAGGGCGCCUUUGUCGAUUACGCUAAGACGAUGGUACCGGACCGCGUCAAGAAGCUCCGCGUGGAUGGCGGCGCCAGCAAGGUGGUGACUGGCUUCCUCGCUGACAAGGGCUCGCUUCCCCAUGCCCUGCUAGUGCACCCGUCGCAGCCAUCCAUCCCGUUCAUCUGGAAGGUUCUCGGUCAUCGUCUGACUGGCAAGGCACAUCUCGGCUACGUCAAGGACGUGAAAGGCGCCAUUGUGUCUGAUCUGGGGCUCGAAAGUGGUGAGGGUCCCCGCAUGUUGUUCUGGGAGGCGGGCAAGGACAAGGUCUCCGAGUACGCAGGCGCGCUCAAGUUCAACGCACUGCUCGAGUGGCUCGAGGCGGCAAUUGAGGGUGACAUCCGCGAGGUUGAAAGGGUGGCCAAGGAGCCGAGCUCGACCUCGACCAAGGCUUCUGCCUCGGCUUCGGAUGCGGCUUCACCAAAUGCUGCGGAGACGGAGGAUGCGGCGGCCCGGCGCACCCGCCUCCAGGCCAAGAUGGACGAGAUCGAGCGCCGCGACCGCCUCCGCCGUGAACGUGAGGCGGCCAAGAAGGCGGCCGAGGAUGAGGCCGCUGGCGGCACGCCGGUCGAGGACGCGCCGGCUGCCGAGCCUGAGGAGCCAGUGCCCACAGCCGAGCCUGAGGAGGCUGCCGAGGAGGAGGUAGCGACUCCUGGUGUCACGCACGCCCAGCCUGUGGUGCACGAGGCACAGCCUGAGCUUGAGCCGACCGAGGGUACGCCCGCCGCAGCGCCCGCCGCAGAGCCGGCUGAUGUGGGGGAUGAGAUCGUGACGGAGGCGUCGGACUGGGACGCAUGGCCCGAUUCCAGCACCGACAGUGCCGAGCACUCUCGUGAUGAACUCUAG